AUUAACAUAAGUCAACGUGAAUAUGUUACAAAGUAUCGGGAAUAUUUACGGCGGGUGCACGAUCGUAAGCGACGAGAGCUAGCUCAAUCAACAUAUGCUAUUGGAAACAAAGCUAAGCAGGAAUUAGAAAGCGCCCCUCUACGUAUAGUCAGCAUUGCUCCGAAUGUCAUGAGGUACGAGACUUAUUUACGUCGAAAACGGAACACUCAAACUUUUUUGGACUUUCCGAAUACAAAAGAUCAGGUAACCGAUGCUGAAGCAGUAUCUAAUAAUUUCGUAUUACCACGACAGCAGCGGAAAAAUAACCGAAAGUUUCGGCAAAAACAAACUACUAUGAUUUUACAUUUUGCUGUGGAGACAAACGCUGCACAAUUGCAACCCGGCGAUGUCGAAGAGGCCAACAUUCGGCUUAUGAUAAUAUACAGCUCGGCUUUAGCAGUCAAGCCCAAUAAAAAAAAACAGAAAUAUAAAAAUCGGUCUUGUGGCAACAGCGUAGAAAAAAGUGGUAUGGACCAUGCUAACGCCACGACGACCAAUGAUAAGCAAAAACAUAUAUUAAAUUUCAAGGUAUACCAACGUUUGGGAAAUGGUAAACGCAUGUGUCUCGAUAGCUCUAAAGUGAACAUCGAGAUAGAUCAAAGCCGCAAACAUGAUACUAAUAGCCAAUGGGUGCAGUUUGAUGUCACAAAAGCUGUAGAGGCAUGGAUACGCGAGGAGCGGUCUAAUCUGGGUCUUGAAGUGCAGUGUGAUAAUUGCCAAAGUGCUGGUGCUCGUAUAUUAAACGACAUGUCGUCAUCCACUAAUGUAGACGAUGGUGCACAACUAAUGCCAAUUUUAAACAUAAUUGGUCAUCUUGGCGUGUCAUACAAGGAAAUCAGAUCCAACAAACAUUCCAGUUCCGUUGAGAAUCCACAUCACUAUCAUAACAUGGCCACAUUUUCAAAUGGCCAACAACGUCCCAGCAGUACUAUUGACAAACUUUCUUGUCAUAAACUCAAUCAACGUUGCUGUCGGCACACAAUGGAAGUAAUAUUCAAGGAAAUCAAAGGUUUUGAAUUCAUUAUUCAGCCAAAAGUAUUCGAUGCUGGAUAUUGUCAUGGCCGUUGUCCACCGAGAUAUAAUCCAGCUCACCAUCACGCCGUGUUGCAGAGUCUAAUAUGGAAGCAAAAUCAUGAACGUGCACCUCGCCCCUGUUGUGCGCCUUCUAAACUAGUCGAACUCGAAGUAUUGCAUGUGGACGAGAAAAACAGUGAAAAACUGAAGAUCUCCACGUGGACAGACAUGCGAGUGGUCGAAUGUGCUUGCUCAUGAAUGUCACAGACAUUACAGCGAUCCCGUUUCUGCUAUUCCUCCAGCAAUAACUGUCUAUUGGCCGGUAAGACAAUAAUUGUGUGAUAGCGAGAUGAGUUCUAUAGUAUUUAAUAUUGCUUAUUUAUUUAUACAAUACAUAUACACAUAUUUACAUAUAAGCGGACACAAGUCUACCUAGCAUGAACAUUAAAUAUAUUUACUCAUAUGAAAUCAAAUAUAUAUUUAUAUAAUUAAUUUUUUUUUAUACAAACGUUGUUUUCACAUGAUUUAAGUUUUUGUCUUAAGGUAACAUGUAUUUCGUUCCUUUAGUUUGCAAACGCGCACAAUUUUACUAUUUGCACUUUAAUCGAAAUUGAGAAUUGUAUUCGUACGCAGAUACCACAACUAAAAACAGAUCAUUACCAAAAAUGUGAGAAGUUAAAAAAUAAAUAAUAUAUAAUUUAAAUGAUUUUAACAAGUAAUUUAGGUUUGAACAAAAGCCAAUACCAAUGAGCUCAAGUUUUGCUUCAUUUCCACAAUUUUAUUUUUCGCCUAAAAUAUUAAAAUAAAUGAAUUAAGCACGUUUGCAUACUAAGCUAACGAUAUUUUAAUGUACAUGUAUAGUCAUGACCGUUGUUAAGCCAAACAAACAGCCUGAAAUUCCAAUGCGUUGGAUGUAUGCUUGGAAAAAUAAGAUAAUAAUGAAGUUUUACAGACAUAUACAUAUGUAUGUAAUUCUUGAUUUGAAGUCCCAAACGACACAUGCACUUUUUCUCAGGGUGAAAGUAAUAAAUGCCAGAUAUAUUUGUAUCCCAUAUUUUGUAUUUGUCGGAAAACUCUAAUAUUAAUAAAAUAAAAUUAUAAUAUUUUC